GAAUAAAGCGUGAAUGUAUUUCAGUCCACGUUGGCCAAGCCGGAGUUCAGAUCGGCAACGCUUGUUGGGAGUUGUACUGCCUGGAGCAUGGAAUUCAGCCUGAUGGCCAAAUGCCGAGCGACAAGACUAUCGGCGGAGGAGACGAUUCCUUUAACACGUUUUUCAGCGAGACUGGAGCAGGAAAACACGUUCCUCGCGCCGUGUUCGUUGAUUUAGAGCCAACAGUUGUCGACGAAGUUCGUUGUGGGACAUACAGACAGCUGUUUCAUCCAGACCAGUUGAUGACUGGCAAAGAAGAUGCCGCUAACAACUAUGCUCGCGGGCACUACACCGUCGGAAAAAGUAUUAUCGACCAAGUCCUCGAUAAAAUAAGAAAACUGGCUGACCAGUGUACUGGAUUGCAAGGUUUUCUCAUCUUCCAUUCCUUUGGUGGUGGUACUGGCUCUGGAUUCACAUCUCUGCUUAUGGAGCGUCUGUCUGUCGACUAUGGAAAGAAAUCCAAGCUGGAAUUUUCAAUCUACCCAGCYCCACAAAUUGCAACGGCUGUUGUMGAGCCUUACAACUCCAUUCUGACCACUCACACCACCUUGGAACACUCUGACUGUGCCUUCAUGGUGGACAAUGAGGCCAUCUAUGACAUCUGCCGUCGUAACUUGGACAUUGAGAGGCCAACUUACACCAACCUGAACAGACUGAUUGGUCAGAUUGUGUCCUCCAUCACAGCUUCGCUCCGUUUUGAUGGCGCCUUGAAUGUGGAUUUGACUGAGUUUCAGACCAACUUGGUGCCAUACCCACGUAUUCACUUCCCUCUGGCCACCUAUGCUCCUGUUAUCUCUGCUGAGAAAGCUUACCACGAGCAGUUGAGUGUUGCUGAAAUUACUAACGCCUGCUUUGAACCAGCCAAUCAGAUGGUUAAAUGUGACCCACGUCACGGCAAAUACAUGGCCUGCUGUUUGCUGUUCCGUGGUGACGUGGUACCCAAGGAUGUGAAUGCAGCUAUUGCGACAAUCAAAACCAAGAGAACUAUUCAGUUUGUGGACUGGUGCCCAACUGGCUUCAAGGUUGGAAUCAACUACCAGCCUCCUACAGUUGUUCCUGGCGGUGACCUGGCCAAGGUUCAGCGUGCUGUGUGUAUGUUGAGUAACACCACAGCUAUUGCUGAGGCCUGGGCCCGUUUGGAUCACAAGUUUGAUCUGAUGUACGCCAAGCGUGCUUUUGUUCACUGGUAUGUGGGUGAGGGUAUGGAGGAAGGAGAGUUCUCUGAGGCUCGUGAAGAUUUGGCAGCGUUGGAGAAGGAUUACGAGGAAGUUGGCGUGGAUUCUGCUGCAGCGGAAGGCGACGAGGAGGAAGAAGGAGAGGAAUAUUAGAAACUGUCAUAAGUGAAGUUCAGUUGUUUGUCGAGUCUAUAAUUCCAGAUAUGAUCGUGAAACAUGGACUAAAUAAAGGAUCUGAAACGGA